UGGACAGGACCGGUGAGUUGCUGGCUCUGGUGCAUUUCGCGUCCACGUGAAGAGGCAGCGUGAGAGUAGCGGGCUGAAGGCGGGCAGCAGCGGCGAAGGCCACCCUCUGCCAGCCGCGUGGUCCUCGGGCUAUCCUGCUUCUUCCUGUAGGUGUUGGGCGUGCGCGCUGCGAGAUGGACACUCCCCCUCUGUCAGGUUCGGACUCGGAUUCUGAUGAUUCUCUUGUCACAGACAGAGAGUUGCAGGAUGCAUUUUCCCGAGGGCUCCUGAAGCCGGGCCUCAAUGUCGUGCUUGAGGGGCCGAAGAAGGCCGUGAACAAUGUGAAUGGUCUGAAGCAGUGUUUAGCUGAAUUCGAGCGGGAUCUGGAGUGGGUUGAAAGGCUCGAUGUGACCCUGGCUCCAGUGCCCGAAAUCAGUGGACCUCAACCAACACCUCAGAACAAGGAUCAGCGAGCUGUUAAUCCAGAAGACGACUUCCAGCGGGAGAUGAGUUUCUACCGCCAGGCCCAGGCUGCAGUGCUUGCAGUAUUACCCCGCCUCCAUCAGCUCAAGGUCCCUACCAAGCGACCCACCGAUUAUUUUGCAGAAAUGGCCAAGUCUGAUCAGCAGAUGCAAAAGAUUCGACAGAAGCUGCAGGCCAAACAGGCUGCCAUGGAGAAGUCUGAAAAGGCUAAGCAACUGCGAGCACUUAGGAAAUAUGGAAAGAAGGUGCAAACAGAGGUUCUUCAGAAGAGACAGCGGGAGAAAGCACAUAUGAUGAGUGCCAUUAAGAAAUAUCAGAAAGGCUUCUCUGAUAAACUGGAUUUCCUUGAGGGAGAUCAGAAACCCGUUGCUCGAAACCCGAAGGCAGGAGCUAAAGGCCAGCAGAUGAAGAAAGGGCCCAGUGCUAAACGACGAUAUAAAAACCAGAAGUUUGGUUUUGGUGGAAAGAAGAAAGGUUCCAAGUGGAACACUCGAGAGAGCUACGAUGAUGUGUCCAGCUUCCGUGCCAAGACAGCUCAUGGCAAGGGUCUCAAGAGGCCUGGAAAGAAAGGAUCAAGUAAGAGGCCUGGAAAACGAAGAAGAGAGAAGAUGAAGAGCAGAACACGCUAAACGGCAUCUUUUUAUACAAGAGAAAGGGAUGAAGGCUUGGAAUUUCCCAUACGAUUGAUUCCUUCUGUUGUUUUUGUGGUUUUUUUUAAUAUAAAAAAUUCUUCAAUAAAUUAACAGAAAAUGAUCAAA